AUGUUGGGCCCAUCCUUCUUUGAAGGCAAACAACAUGGUCCCCAAAGUCCAAUAUGUGACGCGAUCAUUGAUUUUGGCGAUGUCAAUGGCACAGGCUCGGACGGCAGCGAAUUUGCUGCUGCCAAAGGCGGUGUUGGGGACCGUCCUUUCAAUAUCUUUGGGCGCUCGGGGAAUACUACCAUUAACAUAUCAGCGACACCUCAAAUUUUCAAUUCUCUCGAUACAGAUGUGGCGAUGGAUGACGGGCAAACUUUUCAGACACAUUUCCUGGCGCCAUAUCCAUCGCCUACACAGACUAUCUUGCCAGACCUUUACCGGCCACCUCUUCCCCCGUAUAUCACGCCUUUACAAAAGACCUUGUCUACAGAUGACUACCAUCACCUCCAAAGAAAGGGUGCCUUCAACAUGCCAGACUUGGAAACGCGUGACCUGCUUCUAAGGGCGUAUGUUAGGUGGAUUUACCCUUUCACACCGAUGCUGGACCUGGAGAAGAUCUUGUCGGCCGUGUCCAGCAAUGGCAAUACCGGCACAACCAGUCUCCUUCUUUUCCAAGCAAUGAUGUUUGCUGCUGCUGCGUACGUCAAUAUUGAAAGUCGAGAUGGAAAGCACAAGAAGACAAGAGGCAUCUUCUACGAACGCGCGCGACUUCUCCACGAUUUUGACGUCGAAGUGGACAGGCUGAUCAUUUGCCAGGCUGCUAUCCUCCUCAGCUUCUGGGAUGGAGAUUCCGAGGGCGUGAGGGAUAGCUAUUAUUGGAUUGGGAUCGCAACACUGCAUGCAACCAGCAUUGGUCUCAACUUUGAUCCUACCAGCAGCCUCGCAGAUCCGAAACUCCGAUGCUCCUUCAAGAUGACCUGGUGGACCCUUGUCAUAAGGGAUAGGCUGCUUGCUGUGGCCUUGCGAAGACCGGUACAAAACAAAGUCUUUCGAUUCCAUGUCCCCAUGUUACAUUCCGACGAUUUCCGGCUAAAACCUCUCUUGGAAGCCCUACAGAAAAGCUUGCAGGUAAACGACAUUGGCUUACCAGAGUUGGAAACACUCGCCAGUGCCUGUAUGGCUCUGGCCCAACUUUCCGAAUAUAUCGAUAGGGUCUUGACUGUGCAAUAUACUGUCCAAAGGACACCCACUACUGCAGGACAGAAUGCAACCGCAGUAUCUCUGGUUCCACGGGUCAAUGGAUCAAGAUCGAUGGAGAUCAUGACGUGCGGGCAAGAGCUUCAAAAUUGGUAUGGGUAUUUACCCACUGAAGUGCAAAAACUCGAGCUUGGAAGUCACGACAUCGAAAUCGGAGGUGAAAUCAAGAUCGUGAGGGUACACAAGGCACUUUUGACAGGUUAUUACGCGAUGACUUUGAUGACAUUGUAUCGGCCUUUGCUCAAUCUGUCGUGUUCAAGUGCAAACGAGACCAAGCUGAAAAUUUUAUCAAUGAAAAUGCUUUCGCAGGCGGCUAAAAGCAUUACAAGCAUCUUCACCAGCCUCUAUGCUGACCACCUGAUUUCCUGGUUGCCAGAUACUGCAAUUGCAAUCUUGGAGCCAGCCGUGGCCACGCACCUGCUCUACAGCAUGUCCGAGGUUGACGCGGUGCGAGACACAAGUUUCCAAAAAUUCUAUCUCUGUUGGCGAAUUCUGCAGCAGUUGGGAGAAGUUUAUUAUCUAGCAGAAACCACAAUGUCAAUGCUGAAUGCCGCCGCGCAGAGGCUCAAGUCGCUUCCAGACUUGAAAAUGGUCACAUCUGCCACCUGUUCGCAGCUGCUUGAUGCGAUCUGUCCGCCUGAUCAAGACAAAACCACAACAUCCGAGAUCGUUCCAUUUGUCGGAGUGGUUGGAGAUCAGAAGAAACAUCGCUCUGAUUUGGCUGCGGAUUGGGGCGACCUAAAGAAGACCUGGGAGGAGCGCAGGAAUCAAACACAGGUGUUCGCCACCUAUGGCCAUAAUUUCGACUUGGAAUUGAGCUGUGCCUCGGACGUAAACACCUUUGAUCAGCUCAUAUAUUGGGACGCAGCAGAUGAGGAGCUUCGGGCUAACAAUGACUGA